AUGGCUAAGGCUUCACAGACACUCCCUGAGAUCCCAGAAGGCUUCACGCUUCAUACAGAAGGCAGCGCGCGCAUUCUGCUUCCUGCAACGGACGAGGCGUUUCUCAACCCCGUACAGGAAUUUAAUAGGGAUUUGAGUGUGGCUUGUAUACGUACAUGGAGUGAGGAGCUUGAUAGGGUGAAGGAGAGGAAGUGGAAAGAAAGGGCGGGGAAGGUGGAGCAGGGGAAGGUGAAGAGGGGCAAGAAGAAGGCGAAGAGUGAAGGAGACUCGGAGGUGAAAGAGGCUCCUGCUAGAGCUGCUACGACGACAGACAUCCCUAUGACCGAUGUAUCGACUGAAGCUCCUGCCGUUGUUCCUACUGAGACGGAAUCGAAGGCUGAUAUGACGAAACAAUCAGCAUACGUCCCGUAUCAUUUCACCCUCCUCGAACCGCUCUCUGCGACCGGUCUACGAGCGAUCCGAUAUGCGAAGGAGAUACCACUCGUCAAAUAUGUGAUUGCGAAUGACCUUUCGCCGCCUGCUGUUGAAGCUAUUCAGCGGAACGUUGAGCUUAAUGACCUAGGCGACAAAUCUGGGUCAGAAAAUGCUGGCGUAGAAGAGAAAGAAGAGAAUACUGUGGAAAACGGACAUGCGAGUGAAGAGAAAGAUAUGACAAAGCGAAUGGCAAGGAGAAGAGAUAGACCUGCGAAAGUGAGGAUUAAUGAGGGAGAUGCGUGUGCUCUGAUGUACUCACAUCGCCCUGACCGUCUACGCGUCGACUGUGUGGACCUUGACCCGUACGGGACUGCAGCACCGUUCAUUGACGCUGCUGUUCAAUGUGUGAACGAUGGUGGGCUGCUUUGUAUUACGUGUACGGAUAUGGGUGUCCUUGCUACAAAUAACUAUCCUGAAAAAUGCUUCUCGAAUUAUGGUGGUAUACCCGUUAAGGCUGAAUACUGUCAUGAAGCUGCACUUCGACUUGUCCUCCACGCCGUCUCUACCUCAGCAGCACGCUACGGCCGAUUCAUCCACCCUCUCCUCUCCUUAUCCAUUGAUUUCUACAUCCGACUUUUCAUCCGGAUACAAACCGGACCAGCUGAAGUCAAAAAGGCAGCGAGCAAGACAUCGACGUUCUACAUCUGUUCGGGUUGUCAAGCGUUCUACGAACAACCAUUGGGGAAGAUCGUAGAGAAGGUAUCUGACAAGACUGGACAGACGAAUGUGUUGUUCCGAACGCGUGCAGGUCCACCGGUGGGUGAUAAGUGUCCGGAGUGUGAUAGUACUCUGCACGUACGUUAUACGUUAUCUACGAUCGUUGCUGGUCCGAUGUGGGCUGGCCCGAUACACGAUACGGAGUUUGUAUCGAAGGCACUCGAACAUGUCGAAGCGAACUUGACGAAUUAUGGUACAGCGGCGCGUAUGAAGGGGAUGCUUACUGUCACAAAAGAGGAACUACACAUACCGUUCUAUUUCACGCCUGGUCGGCUGGCGGGGACGUUCCAUUGCGUCUCGCCUUCGUUGGAAGAAACGUCAAAUGCACUUCUCCACGCAGGCUUCUCCGUCUCUCGCUCCCACGCUCUAGCAGGCUCACUCAAAACGAACGCGACACGACAAGACGUGCAUGAUGUAUUUAGAGGGUGGGUGAAGGAACAUCCGGUUAAGCCGGAGAGUAUACCACCGAAUUCGCCGUCGAGUUGUUUGCAUGGGAAGACGCCGCGCUUCGAAGCCAACUUCUCACACCACCCACUGGCCACCUCACAACUCUCAACGAAAGUAAAGCUAGUACGCUAUCAGCAGAACCCGACGCCGAACUGGGGGCCUGGGACGCGUGCGACGGGGAAGAGGAAAAGAGAUAAGGAAAAGGAUGUUGAUGAAGAGAGUUAAUUGUCCCCAUCGAGGAAGGAAAACUUGGCAGAAGGAAGUUUGAAGGUGGAUGAAUGUGAGAGCGAAGACAAUUCGCUUUGGU